AAUGAAAAAGCAAAGUGGAGGCAGUUCUUCUCAUCUAAUCUAAAGUCAAGCUUACCAUCCUGCAAAUAAGAACCCUGAAAUGGAGGCUGAAAAAGUGGUGCAUAGUGGAGGUUGCCAUUGUAAGAGUGUCAGGUGGAAAGUGGUUGCUCCUUCCAGUGUAGUGGCAUGGGAAUGCAACUGCUCAAACUGCUACAUGAGGGGCAAUACUCACUUUAUCGUACCCGCUGACAAUUUUGAGCUUUUGGGAGAUUCUGGGAACUUUCUUACAACUUACACUUUUGGCACUAAGACUGCAAAGCACACAUUUUGUAAAAUCUGUGGCAUAACCUCAUUCUAUUAUCCACGCUCAAACCCAGAUGGGGUUUCUGUUUCAUUCAAGUGUGUUGACUCUGGAACGUUGACCCACGUUGAAAUCAAGCAUUUUGAUGGGAAGAAUUGGGACAGCGCAUAUAAUCAGGCAGGUAUUUCUUCAUGUUCAAAGGUUCAGAGUGCAGACCCAUAACGUCAAGAACUAAGAGAAGAGUUGAUGAGAUCAUUGGCUGUCUUGGAUUAAGUUUAUA